AUGGACAUGAAGAAGAGGAUCAUAUUGGAGCUGCGGAACCGAGACCCGGCUGAGGUGGCGGAGAUGGUGGUGGACAACAGUCGCUCACUGAGCGGUGAAGUGGAAGGCCUCUCCGACAAGUUUGUGGAACUGGAGGUCCUCAGCAUGAUCAACGUGGGUCUGAACUCACUGGCCAAGCUGCCCUCGCUGCCCAAACUACGCAAGCUGGAGCUGAGCGAAAACAACCUGUCAGGAUCUUUCGAGACCUUGUCGGAAAAAUGUCCCAACCUCAUCUACCUCAACCUGAGCAGCAACAAGAUUAAGGAGCUCAGCAAUGUGGAGGCGCUGCAAAACUUGAAGAGCCUUCAGAGUCUGGAUCUGCUGAACUGCGAGAUCACGUCGUUGGAGGACUACCGCGACAGCGUCUUCGAGCUUCUCCCUCAGGUCACCUACCUGGACGGCUUCGAUCAGGAAGAGAACGAGGCGCCCGACUCUGAGGCCGACGACGAAGGUGAGCAUGCCUUACGGCCGCGUCCAUCGACCACGCUUAUAGACCGUGUGGCCGUUUUCGCAGAUGAGGACGGCGAGGAUGGGGCGGGCCCCACGGGCGACUACGACGACGAGGACGAUGAAGAUGACGACGAAGAUGGCGAGGAGGGAGGAGAGGUGGGGCUGAGCGACGAGGACGACGAAGACGACGAGGACGAUUACGGUGAGGAGGAAGAGGAGGAAGACGAGCGAGCGGACGUUCAGGGACAGAAGAGGAAGCGAGACGCGGACGACGACGGCGAGGACGACGAGGAUGAGGACGACUAG